AUGGGACCUCUGCAAAGUCUGACCUUGGGCAUCAUUUGCAUAGCAGCACAAGCCUCCUGCUGGUCCAUCGAUUCCCAGCUCUAUCUGCAAAUAGACAAGUUACAUGUGAAGUCUUUUGUGCCCAAUGAGAUCCACGUGAACACCAGCAUCGAUCACCUGGAGGCCAUCAACUUCAAUCUGACCAUAAAAGUGCCCAUUCCCGGCAAACUGCUGAUGCAUAUCUUUGUCAGAAAGCUCUCCGAUACGCCGGGGGGCUCGGACUUCAAAGAUUUGGUGCGCUUUAAGAACAGGGAUCUGUGCAAGAUGCUCGACUCACUGCGGAAUAUAACCACGGCCCAUGGCCAAGGGGAGAGUCUGCUGCCGUCCACCUUCUUAAUAUCGUGUCCCUUGGUGCCAGGAUUCUACUACGUGGCCAGCAGUGCCAUUGAUGUGAAGUUUUUUUCCUUUCGCGUGCCCGACGGCCGAUAUCUGGCAAUGCUGGAACUGGUGCAGGUCUACGAGGAGGUCAUCAAACUGGUAACCUGCAGAAUCAAGUUUAGUAUGAAGACGCCACCGGGCUAUGUAGCGAAAACAGAUCUGAAUAGCAGGAAGGAAGUGGCCCAGCAGACGGAGCCUUCGAAAGAAGAGCCUCCCAGGGAAGAGCCUCAGCAGGAGCAGACAACAGAUGUUUCAGAUAGUGGCUCGAAUGACUAUGAAUAAGUUUCACCUUUUUGUUUACACAUUCGGCCAAUUCAUUUAUUAUUGGCUCCACCCUUUAGACCUGUCGCAACUUUUUACUAUCUUUCUUUCAUCAUCUUUUCUGUGCGAAAUCAAAUUUAUUGCCAUCACCGAAACUGUUUAAACGAACUGACACAUCUCACACACGUGCAGAGUCGGUCCAGAGUCAGGCCCAUGCCAAUUUAAUUGAAUUCCCCAGGGGCAUGGGAAACAAAAAGCUUAGAAAUAAACCGCUCGACGACAGCUACAGAUGCAGAUAGAUGACAAUGAGCCAUUGUUGCACUGCUGAUAUUAGAUAUCACAU